AUGACGUUUGUUUAUGGGGAUCCUGUAAUAGAAAGACGUGACCAAGUUUGGGAACGUCUUACGCGUUUUUCAACAACAAGAACUGGCCCAUGGUUUAUGAUAGGUGACUUUAAUGAAAUAACGGGUCACAACGAGAAAGAAGGGGGGAGACAACGACUUGAUAGCUCGUUCCUGCCCUUUAAACAGAUGCUUACUGAUUGUGGAAUGUUAGAGUUUCCUUUUACGGGAGACAUGCUAUCAUGGGUAGGAAAGAGAGCAGGAGGAACAACUGUUCGAUGUCGUCUGGAUAGAGCAGUAGGAAAUCCAGAUUGGCAUGAGAAGUUUCCCCACUCGAACAUGAAGUAUAUGCGAUUAUGGGGAUCGGAUCAUCGUCCGAUUCUAGCGGAUAUACUCAUAAAGCCAAUGAGAAGAUCCAAAAAAUUCAAGUUUGAUAAAAGGUGGCUAGAUAACGAGGAGCUACGGCAGGUCAUUCUUGAGGGAUGGAAAUCUCCUGAUUUGCCUCCCAAUGCGAACAUUAUGGAGCAUAUUUCCAGUUGUCGGAGAGCUUUAAGUGAAUGGAGGAGACAACAUAAUGUUAAUUCGGCAAAACUAGUGGAGGAGCUUAAAGAGAAAGUGGAGGGCAUGUAUGCUGAUGACAAUGCUACAACUGCAGAAAUUGCAGCAGCGUUGAAGGAACUCUCUGAUGCUCUUAAGGCAGAAGAAAUGUUUUGGAAACAGAAGAGUCGAGUGUUUUGGCUGAGAGAAGGCGAUAGGAACACCAAAUAUUUCCAUGCUUUGACCAAGCAGAGAAGAGCAAGGAAUAAGAUUACGCAGCUCCUAGAUGCACAUGGAAAUGUAGUGGAGGAUGAAGAAGGACUAGUAGCCAUUGCUACUAGCUAUUUUAGACAGAUCUUUGAGUCAUCUAACCCAGAGGACAUUGAAGAAGCUUUAGCUCAAGUUCCUACGACAAUCACUGGGGAAAUGAACGAAAACCUUACGAGCCCGGUUUCCGAAUGGGAAGUCAAAUUAGCUCUUUUUGCUAUGCACCCAGAGAAGGCCCCUGGACCAGAUGGGAUGACAGCGCUUUUUUAUCAGAAAUUUUGGGAUAUUGUUAAGGAGGAGUUAACUCUUAUGGUUAAUAAAUUCCUUUUUGAAGGGGCAGUGGUUAGCGGUCUAAAUGAUACGAAUAUAUGUCUCAUCCCGAAGACAACAAAACCUAAUGAUAUGGCUCAAUUUAGACCCAUUAGUUUGUGCAAUGUCUGUUAUAAAAUAAUCUCUAAGGUCUUAUGCCAGAGACUAAAAAGAGUGCUGCCAGGAUUGAUUUCGGAAACCCAGUCAGCCUUUGUUGCUGGAAGACAGAUUUCAGACAACGUUAUGAUUGCCCAGGAGAUGUUCCAUGCUCUGAGAACUAAACCAAGUGGGCGUAGUAAAAGGAUGGCCAUCAAGACGGACAUGAGCAAAGCAUAUGACAGAAUGGAAUGGUCAUUCAUUGAAGCUGUCAUGCGUAAGAUGGGCUUUUCAGAAACUUGGAUCAGCUGGAUAAUGCGAUGCAUUACGUCGGUGAAAUAUAAGAGGAUUAAUGCUGCUACUAGACAAGAGAUUAAAGAUACCCUCGGAAUUCAUAAAGAUGGUGGGAUGGGAAAGUACUUGGGAAUCCCAGAGGAUAUUAGUGGUUCAAAAUGUAAACUCUUUGCAUUCUUAAAGGACUCCCUGAUGCAUAGAGUAAAUGGAUGGACCGGUAGAUGGCUUUCAAAAGGGGGGAAGGAGGUCAUGAUUAAAUCCAUUCUUCUCGCUCUUCCGACAUACGUUAUGUCAACGUUUCUGCUUCCUUUGGAGAUUUGUGAAAACCUCGCUAGUGCCAUUGCACAAUUUUGGUGGAGUUCGAAUCCACCAAAAAGAGGAAUACACUGGGCGAAAUGGGAAAAAGUUUGUCUACCAAAAGAAGAGGGCGGGAUUGGCUUCUGCCUAAUCCAUGAGUUUAAUCUAGCAUUAUUGGCAAAGCAAUUAUGGAGAUUGGUUCAGUACCCUGAUUCACUGGUUGCUCGUGUCUUGAGGGGUAGAUAUUAUAGAUUGUCCUCGCCAUUGAGCGCAACUUCGACAAGUAUCCCAUCUUAUGUGUGGACAAGCAUUAUUUCUGCAAGAAAGCUUUUGCUUCUGGGGAUCAGACAGAAGAUUCAUUCAGGUUAUGAAGUCAAGGUGUGGGAGGAUCCGUGGAUCCCAACGACACCUGCUAGACCAGCUAGACCUGUAGCACCUGUGAUGAACCCGAAUAUGAGGGUGAGCGACCUCAUUAAUCAGGAUCUGAAAGAAUGGAACGUUGAGUUACUAGAAGACUAUGUCCAUCCUGUUGACAUACCGCUCAUCUGUAGUAUGGCCAUUAGCUCUACACACCGUCGUGAUACUUUCUGUUGGAACUACACAAGGACUGGUCAAUACACAGUUAAAUCUGGAUACUGGGUUGCCCAAAAUCUUUUGAAGCAAGAAGAGGAAAAGGAAAUACUAGAACCAAGUAUUACUAAACUGCGAGCCUUUGCUUGGAAGUUGAAAGCGCCAAGGAAGAUGUGCCAUCUUAUAUGGCAACUGAUAUCGGGCCAAGUGGCAGUAACGAGGAACCUCGUACGCCGGAAUAUGAGAUGUGACAAUUACUGUCCGAGGUGCGGAGAAGCAGAAGAAUCUGUAACCCAUGCAAUAUUUGAAUGCCCUCCAGCUCUCCAAGUAUGGUCCUUAUCAGGGAUUCCUACGAGCCCAGGAAUAUUUCCAGUGUCAAGCGUCUACACAAAUAUGGACUAUCUAUUUUGGAGGAAAAAUGAUAUCCUAGAACCUGACCAGGACAGGGAUCCUUAUCCCUGGAUAGUAUGGUAUAUUUGGAAGGCUCGCAAUGAAAAGCUUUUCAGGGGAAUAGAUAGAGAUCCUCUAGAACUAGUUCGAUACGCAGAAACCGAAUGUCAAGCAUGGUUUAAUGCAAAUGAGAGAAUACCGCAAGUAGUUCAGCCCAACAACAAUGAAGAAAACCAAGUCUUAAGCUUGGGAAAUAUCUGCCUGCUAGAUGGAUCUUGGACAGACUCAGAUCGAUACAGUGGAUGUGGUUGGGUCUGGAUGGACUGUGGGGAGAAUAUACAGCUUAUGGGAACUCGGAAUUUUUCUCGAUGUGAAUCUGCAUUACAUUCGGAGAUAGAAGCACUACGUUGGGCGAUGGAGAACAUGCUUCAACACUCGUCAUGUCAGAGCUUUGGAACAGACUGUAAGGAACUGAUUGCUAUGAUAGAGAAACCCCAGGAGUGGCCAAGAUUCGCGACAGAAUUGGAGAAGAUAGAGACGCUGCAGAUUUGUUUUCCGGACUUCAAGAUCAUUCAUGUGCCACGAGCGCGCAACCAGUUUCCUGAUUUUUUAGCUAAGACAGCUAGGACUUUCCGUAGGACAUUUCAGUGUAUCAUUUAA